GUGAGUGAGAGUGCACAAGCAAGAGGAGAGAAACGGAGAGGAGUGGUGGUCGAAAUCACAACCCUAAAGGAGGAAUAAUGUCUGACAAGCCAGCGGCACGAACGUCCACGCAAGCCGGGCGACAGGUUUGACGCGCGCGUCCCCUUUCAACUUUGGAUAAGUCGGCAAGAAAGCUGGAGAGCAAGUGAAUGUCCUGACAAGUUGAUGUAGAGGAAAGGAAGACUCACUAUUUUUAAAUGUGAGCUUUGGUGGGGGGGGGGCGUGGAUGGCAGAGAAGCAGCAGGCAACACGCUGGUCCUUGGCUGCAGUUGCAGCGAAGAGAUGUGCGCGAUGGAAGAGCGUCGCUGCGCGUAGACACGGAUCCUUUUGGCGACCGUCAGCCGUUUUUAACCUUUAAUUUUUUUUGUUUUAUUUUUUUCCACAUUUAGUAUUUUUACUACAGACACAUAAGACCAAAGGAAGGACGCAAGCUCUGCUAACGGAUAAAGUCAGUUUUUCGGAUCUGGUGAUUUAAGGAAGCUGGUUGCGCACAGAAAAGCCAGUCUCUUCAAAAACACGUGGGACCUUCAAAGCUGUUUCAAAUGAAGUUAAAUGAGUCUCCCUUCAUUUAUUAAUGAUUGGCUUAAAGACGGGCAAAGUCUAAACUCGGUUUGAACAUUUUAGUUCUCAGAUUUGAACCUUUUCCAUGGAGAAUCCCGGCAUUCUUUAAUGCCAUCUUUAUGGCACUGGCAUAGCACUGGCAGCCUUAUAAUGCGCCUGAAAUUCCGAAUGUGAAGCAGAAAGAGAAAUCAGUUUCCUCUCAAUCCUUCGAAAUGACAAGCACCGGACCUGUCAUUGUCUACGAGUGGCUCAAGACGCUCCAACUCCCCCAGUAUGUCGAGGCUUUCGUGGAUAAUGGAUAUGACGACCUGGAGGUCUGCAAACAAAUUGGAGACCCGGAUCUGGAUGCCAUCGGCGUGUACAUCCCACACCACAGACAGAGCAUCCACGAGGCGGUGAGAAGGCUGAAGGAAGACGCCAAGGAGACGUCCAGCGGGCUCUAUUUCACCCUGGAGCCCAUGUCACCUGCAGCCGACAUCUAUGCUGGUCAGCUGGUAGAGUACGAGUCUAAAAUGAGGGGGUCCAGGUCCUGGACUGAGCCCAACAGUGAGCGGUUUGGGCGCAAUGGUGGGUACGUGGGCGCGCAGAGGAACCUGACGCUGGGCAACAGGAGAGAACAAGUGAUUUACCCCAAACUGAAGCUGAAGAUCAUGAUCAGGGAUAAACUCAUCAAAGAUGGGAUCAACCUGGCUAAGCUGCCCUACUCUAAUAAGGAUGGUUCUCUGGGCAACAUAGAUGACCUUGCUCAGGAGUACUCAGAGUACUACAACACCUGCUUCAGUGACGUGAGCGACCGCAUGGAGGAGCUUCGGAAGCGCAGAGUCUCCCAGGAGCUCGACAUGGAGAAACAGGACCACAACAGUACCUCUCUGCAGCUCCGAAAUGAAAUCCAGGAAUCCUUAGGCUUCAGCAGCGAGGUGUCCACUCCUGAAACAGACAGGAAAAUGCCUUUGCACAAAUCCAGCUCUGAAGACGGAUCUGGAGGCAAAUGGGACAAUAAGAAGAAAAAUAAAUCCUUCUGGCAGAACUUCCGCAAAUCUCAGCACAAACCCGUGGCUCGACAGACAUCCAAAGGAGAGGAUAUUGGCUACGUGGCCAGUGAGAUCACCAUGAGCGAUGAGGAGCGAAUCCAGCUGAUGAUGAUGGUGAAGGAGAAGAUGAUCACUGUAGAAGAAGCUCUGGCUAGGCUGAAGGAGUAUGAGCGCAACAAACAGUCCAGCAGUACUGACACUGCAGAGUGGACUGAAGGAUCCACAUCCAAUCUAAACCAGUCCUCAAACUACGACCAGUCUCGUGAGCAGUCGGACGAUGAGCAAUCAGAGGACUCUGUGAAGUUCAAACGGCUUCACAAAUUGGUUAAUUCGACACGUCGAGUUAGGAAAAAACUCAUCAAGGUGGAGGAGGGCAAGAAACAUGCCCCUGAAGAUUUUCUGAAUCUGGAGUUGCCCCUAACCUGUGACGACAGCACCGCUCUGUACACGGGGGUGCUGAAGAAGCCCAUCUUGCACCAGGAGGCUUCUCUGCCGUCGCUCGCUCACGAUCAGCUCUCCCUGGAUGGAGACGCAGACAGCUUGACCACCUCCCCUUCCUCCAGCAGCUUGGACACCUGGUCUGGGCACAAGCUGGUCAAAACAUUCAGCAAGUCUUCCAGCACCCACGGUCUCAUCCGGCCCCCCAGGAGGACCCCUGCUGUCUCCAGCGCACUUGGAGGCUCUGUGUCCGGCGUCACGGGCAGCGGCUCCUCCUUCUCGGAGCUCGAUGCAUGCGAAUUGGACGAUGAGGGGAAGCUGUCGCGUUCCUCAACAGAUGGCGAGAUGAGAAAGGCCCUGAGCUCCAUCUCCCACGGGAGAACAUGCAGCUUCGGGGGCUUUGACCUGUCCAACCGUUCUCUGCAUGUGGUCAACGCAGGCUCCGAGGCCAACAAUAAAGAGCAGGAAGCAAUAUACAGAGAAGUGGUCAAAUCACCCACCACGUCUCGCAUCUCGCUGGGCAAGAAAGUCAAGUCGGUGAAAGAGACGAUGAGGAAGCGCAUGUCAAAGAAGUACAGCAGCUCCCUGUCUGAGCAGUCCACUCAGGAUGGAGCCCCCGGCUCUCCACAGUCCCCUUUGCCUGACAUGGACUCUCUGGAAAAACCCAAGCUGAAGGCUGGAGGCUCCGUGGAGAGCCUGCGCAGUUCACUGAGUGGACAGAGUUCAAUGAGUGGUCAGACAGUGAGCACCACUGACUCCUCAGCCAGCAACAGGGAGAGUGUGAAGUCAGAAGACGGAGAUGAUGAAGAGCCCCCCUACCGAGGACCGUUCUGUGGGCGCGCCCGAGUCCACACAGACUUCACCCCCAGCCCGUACGACAGCGACUCCCUUAAACUAAAGCGAGGUGAUGUGAUCGACAUCAUCAGUAAGCCACCAAUGGGAACAUGGAUGGGCCUUCUCAACAACAAAGUGGGAACCUUCAAGUUCAUUUACGUUGAUGUGCUGAGCGAAGAAGAGGAGAAGCCCAAACGGCCCGUGAGGAGGAGGAGGAAGGGCCGACCACCCAAGCCCACGUCUGUGGAGGAGCUGCUGGAGCGCAUCAACCUUAAGGAGCACAUGCCCACUUUCUUGUUCAACGGCUACGAGGACCUGGACACCUUCAAGCUGCUGGAAGAGGAGGACUUGGAGGAGCUGAAUAUCAAAGAUCCCCAGCACAGAGCCAUGCUGCUCACCGCCGUUGAGCUUCUGCAGGAAUACGACAGCAGCAGCGAUCCAGAGCGCAGUGGCCUAACCGGGUCCCAGGAGAAGCUGUUGUCGGAGGGUCGAGGCCUGGUGGGAGACUCUCCACGGGACUCCGGCUGCUAUGAGAGCAAUGAGAAUCUGGAGAAUGGUAAAAACAAGAAGGCCUCCCGCUCCGGCCGUUCUUCCACUGGACUUCAGUCUCCAAACUACCCAACUCUGCCCAUUACCAUUUCAACAGAGACUCUCCAGCAGAAUGGCAAAAACCAACGGCCCAAGUUCCCUAAAAGCUUCUUUAUCAAACCCUCCCUGAAAGGCUUCAACUUGCUGGGGCUGCGCAAAGCCCAAAGACAGCGGCCGAUCCCGGCCAGUCGCAGCUGUGAGGACCUUGAUGGUCCUAUACAGCAGACUGGGACCUGGAAGCGUUCCCACUCUUUGGGAGAUCUGCAUUUGGAGGAUUCCUGUAAACCAAAAGGUGAUCUCAGUCUGAUGCUUAAAUCUGACAAGGAAGGGACUAAAUCAGGCAACAACAGUCCCAUCAAGGACUGCAGGGAGGGGAGUUCCCCAAGCCAAAGUGGGACUCCAACAUUGAGUCCAAAGGGAAAAGCACACCGACCUUCCAUACCCUCUCAACUACAGCUGCGCUCCCCUUGCUCGGAAGCCUCAAGCCCUCCAGAGCCUCUCCUAAGUUCAGCUGCCAGUCCGCCUGAUUCCAGCAUAAGUGGGGAGCGAAUCAUCAGGACUCAUCCCAAAAAGCCCCCCAUCCCACCCCCUGUUCCUGCCAAAAAAUCAAAAGAAAGACUUGCAAACGGCCUGCGUCACCCACCUCUCUCCCUGCCCUCCACGCCGUCCCCCACCGCCUCGCCCACCCACUUCCUUAACCGUUCACAACCCAGCAGCCCCAUCAUCCGCAGCCCCAGCCCCAUUCUCACUGCCCCUCCUCUGCCCGCCAAGACCCCGAGCACACCGGCCAGUCCACGUGCGGCCCCAUCCUCGGCAUCCAUGCCAGAAGAGCCGGGCUCUCCUCCAGCAGUGCAGCCUCCGUGGGUCUCAGAUCUUGGUGGUAAAAUGGCGAUCACGAGGAAGGCUUCCCAUUCCAAGAUGAGUCCUGACCUGCUGACGCUCCUGGAGCAGCGACUGCAGACGGAGGGCAUCGACCUUACUGAAGAUCCUUACUCUGACAAGCACGGCAGAUGCGGCAUCCCCCAAUUGCUGGUACAGCGCUACUCUGAGGACCUGGAGCAGCCUGUCAAAGAUGUGGCCCCCCUGCUGGACCAGCUCAGAGUCAAAGAGCUCAGAAAACAGCAUCGCAUGGCGAUCCCCUCCGGAGGUUUGACAGAGAUGUGCCGGAAGCCCGCGUCUUUGGGAAACAUCAGCACGGUCUCCGAUUGGCUCAUCUCCAUCGGUCUGCCCAUGUAUGCUUCAUCUCUGUCGGCGGCAGGCGUCAACACGUUGAGCAGGGCGGCCUUGUUAACUGAGAGCAGUGUGAAGGAGGCUGGCGUGCGGGACGAAAGACACGCACGCCGUCUGGUCAGUGAGGCUCGACUGAUACAUGCACACAGGGAGGUGCGCUCUUAAAAAGUGGUGGAAUCAUCUCUCUAGUCUGUUUCACCCAAACAGUUGAUGGUCGCAUGUGUGAGCACAGGACCACAAGAAAAUGAUCACAAGCUGUUUGGCUCCGUGACUUUUUGUCCACCUGACUUUUUCUACAUGUUUACGGCAUUGAGGAGUUUCUCCCAACAGCCACAAAAGUAUCAAGAUGCCUUUAAAAAAAAGAAAAAAUGAAGACACUCUCUCAAUGGGACAGCUUCUGCUCUGAAGAUGCUCCAAACGUCUUAGAUCUGCUUUCAAGAAAGAUAGCACACUCUUUUGUAGGACGGAUGUGUUUUGUUUUUUUAAUCCAGAAAGAGGUUGUAUACCUUCCAGGCAGCACAAGAGCGGCGUUUGUUUUUUUUUGUCUCUUGAGAAAAGCAACUGGACUUCUAAUCAACGUUUGAUGGACUUUUUAUCACCAAACAACAAAUACCAGGUGAUUUUGAGGGCGCUUUAUUUUGUAUCUGUAAUAUAGCUGAAAGCACAUUUUUAAUUUUCAACUGAUCUACAUGAUGAGGUCUGUCUGGAAGCAAACUCACCUUUUUAUAUUUCCCAUUUGACUGUAUUUGACAGAAUAUCGCACGGCUCGCUCUGAUACACCGAAAUGUUUUCCUUCUGAUGUAACCACAAUCAGCUGUUACUGAACCUUUACAUUCCCCGGACAAACAAAGGACAUUUGAGAUGCCUUAGCGUUUAGGAAGAAAAGCUACAAGAAAAGGGUGUCGUUUGGAGUUCCGAUGGAAAGAAAAGUCCCUUUAUUUAAUUGUUUUUGAGAUUUAAGUUGAUCAUUUCAGUUUCUAUAGUCACUGCGGCUCAUUUUAGUGAAGCCCACAAGUAAAAUCGAAGACAGUGGAAACAAAAUAAUUCUUCAAAGACAUUUAAAUGCUCAUUUCUGACUUUAUUUUUUUUUUUUGAAGACACCCACCAAUAAAAAUCCUGUUUUUGGUCAUUUGAACACGUUCUUGUGGCUUUUUUGAGAUGAUGGAGGACAUACAUGAAGAAAAUCAAGCUUUAAAUUUAAUUUUUUAACUCCUGCCACACUGCAGAAACUGUCCUAGAAAAACAUCUGUUUUUUUUAAAUUUUGCUAAAGUCAAUAAAUAAUGCUACGGUCACAUAUACAACUGCCACCGUGCGAUUGGGAGGCAUCGACAGAAUCUUUAAGGUUAGCUUCCGCCGCCUGAUGGAGUCUGAGGCAGUCAGUCAGGCGGGGAUGAUGUCUAUACAAAAUUUGGCGGCCUCAGGGCGGUGGCAGCCGGAUUGCUGUCAUUCUGGACAAUGUGUAAAUGUCUUCAGAUGAUGGCCAUCCAUAGCAAGUGCCGCCAGCUUCCCUGUAGCCAGGGGUGUAUAAAAAGCGAGCCAUUCUGUACCACUGGUCAUUCACACCUCCGAUUUUGAGCAGACAUUAUUAUAAUCUUGUCAAUUUACACAUUUGUUAGACAAUGUGCCUUUUUUACCAAGCAUUAUUUCCAACUCAUCAAUAUGCAGGUCUCUGAGUCGCCUUGAUGAGUUUUGUGCAGUUUCCCCAUUUGGACCCAUUGUGGACCGGUCAUCGCCAGUGCCCUCGCCGUAUGAUUUCUAACAAUUGGACGGAGGCAGUGGGACGGCAGCAGGGGGGCUGAGGGGUGGCAGUCUGAAUUCGGCCGAUCAUUAGACGAUUUGGGAAAACUUGGAGACCCUCCAUCAUGUGACCUCCAAAUGUGCCUAGGCAGCCACUGCCCAAUGUAAAAAUCGUCUGGUCGCCUUUUCAUUUGAACUUUUUCUUAUAACUUCGGCUGCCACCACGGAGCAUGUAAUAAUGCCACUGCUGCCUCCCGAUUACAAAUGCCACGCUCAGCCACCUGUCGAUUUUGCUGAAUGAUCUACAUUUAAGCCGCCAUGUGGUGGCAUUUUGGCAUAUGUGACCAUAGUUUAUUAUCAUUUCUGGUAGAUAGUUCUAAAUAAUAAGCUAUUUGAAAGCAUUUUUUAGGCUUCCAAAAUAAUUCUGUUACAAAUUGGACAGAAAGAAACUGUUAAAAGCAAACAGACACAUUUGUAUAAAGUUGAUGUCCUUGUAAAGCAACAAAUCUUGAAUUUCAGGGAAACGUUGACCUUACAGAAACUACAAGAAUGAUCAGUAACUGGAAUCUGGGCUUGUUUUUUUUCUUUUAUUUUGAUUUGAUCUUCCUCACCCAGAUUUGAUGAGUUUCUGAUUCUCUUUCUUUUAUGUUUCAAAUUUGAUUGUUUGUACUAAAAUGUUAUUGUGUUGUUGUUGUUUUUUUGCAGUGGACACUUGAUUUAUAGAUUUGAUGCCUUUUCUCUUCAAUCAAAGUGGUGCUUUGAAAACAUAGAAACUUGGGUUCUCAUUUAACAAUUAACCCAAUGAGUGUUCUGGGAAGAAUGAAAAUACUGACACUGUAAAUGCACUUUAGACGGUGAAUCUAGCAGGUUUAUCGGGAAAAUUGGCAAAAAGUUCUAGAAAUUUUGCAUUUUAUAUUAGACGGUAAAAAGGUUUUGAUAGGUUUCCUUUCAGAUUUUACUUCCAAAUUCAAUGUUUAACGACCAUGAGUUAAUCUCCACUUCCAGUGUUUUUUGCAGCCCUUAAAAGCAAACUUUUAAUUACAUAUAUGGAAUGUUUAACUAUUGUUGCACAUUAUAUAUAUGUAAUUGAUAUUUAAAUAACUUAUUUUUGCCUUUUUUUUUUGCAUAUCAACUGUAAUUAGCUGUACUAUAAUAGCAAUACCUUCCUGCAUAUUGCUUUAGUCAGUAAGGAAUUACAGUAUGUAUUGUAAGAUAUGUGUACAAAUUAUUUUAUUUGGUUUUCAUCUACCUAAUGAUUGUCCAUACAGAUUUACUUGCGUAUUGAAACAAAGAUAAUGUUCAUAAAGAAUUGUCAUUCUGAAAAAUAAUAAAAAACUGUUUGUUGACAGAAA